CCCUGUAACUUGCAAAAUAUUUACUUGAGUUGGGGAUUUUGCUUGCAAAUUAUAUUGGCAGAUUCAGAUGCUGCUCAGAGUGGUUUGAUAGAUUAGAAUAGAUUCUUACAAUAAAAGUAAGAUAUUGCAUAAAUCUGUUUUUCACUGCAAUGCUGGAGAAAGAGCUCGAUUUCAAGGCAUACCCUGCAUGAGUCAAUUGAUGACGUCAUCGGGCUUUCCCUGGUCACGUUUUCACGUGUAAAUUGGCGUUUCCUGUCAGUAUAGGAUAUUGUGAUUUUGAAAGGAUAUUUACAAAUUAUGAAAUAAACAAACAGUUGAAACUUUCAUUGUGUUAAGAUUUUCUGUAGUACAGCUAACACAAGUGGGCUUGUAAUCGUCGCAAAAAUCAUACUACCGAGGGAAUUUCGCACAAAGAAAACGUAAGACACGAGGAAGAUUUUUGAUUGGACGGGCACCUGUUGGACAAUUAAUUGAAUGGUAGACUGAAAGAUGUCGGGUCAAGGUCGUAGAAAACGACCCCCUGGGUUAACCAUUCAGAAGAUUCCUGAACCCCAACCAGCUACACCUCCAAGAGAUCUAGAUUCCAAAGCUACAAUCAGAAUAGAUGAGAAGGAAUUUGAAAUUGAGGCAAAUGAUUUGGAGUUUAUGUGUGUACUUGGCCGAGGGGCCUAUGGGGUUGUGGAGAAAGUUCGGCAUAGACAUACCAAUACAAUCAUGGCUGUUAAAAGAAUUACAGCCACAGUGAACACAAUGGAACAGAAGAGAUUGUUGAUGGAUUUGGACAUAUCAAUGAGGAGUGGAUCCUGCCCAUACACUGUCACAUUUUAUGGUGCCCUCUUUAGAGAGGGAGAUGUAUGGAUAUGUAUGGAAGUGAUGGAUGCAUCAUUAGAUAAAUUUUACCAAACAGUUUACAAUAACGACCGGAGUAUACCAGAAGAUGUCUUAGGGAAAAUCUCAUAUGCUGUUAUAAAGGCCUUGGAUUACCUUCAUACAGAAUUACAUGUUAUACAUAGAGACGUUAAACCCUCAAAUAUAUUAAUAAAUAGAAAAGGACAAGUAAAAAUCUGUGAUUUUGGAAUUAGUGGUUACCUCGUAGAUUCUGUGGCAAAAACUAUAGAAGCUGGAUGUAAACCUUACAUGGCACCAGAGAGGAUAGAUCCUCAGACAGGCCAGCAAGGUUAUGAUAUUAAAUCUGAUGUCUGGAGCUUUGGAAUCACUAUGAUAGAGUUAGCCUCAGGGAAAUUCCCAUAUGCUGCCUCCCCGACUCCAUUUGAGCAACUCAAGCAGGUGGUAAAGGAUCCGCCACCAAAAUUGCCUGCUGGAAAAUUCUCAUCAGACUUUGAAGACUUUAUUGCUCAGUGUCUAAAGAAGUCAGUGUCGGAGAGAGCCAGCUACCAGAUGUUAUUGCAGCAUCCAUUCUUGCAAAAGGCGGAAAAAUCCGAAGUUGACAUGUCCAGUUACGUUACCGAGGUGCUAAAGGACGUGAAAACAAAUGACGGCGCAUCAGGACAAUGAUGUUAAUAUUUAGUCUAGUGUUUUAAAUCAGAAAAUUUUUUAACUAUAUAUUAUGAAAAAUAUUUAUUUUUGGAAUUGAUUAGCGACGAUUGAGUUUCUUACCACGUUGUAAGAAAGUGCUGUAGAUUUAAUUCGAAGCGGAGGAGAAAGAAAAGAUUUAGACACUGAUGCCUUAGGCUGUCUUUGAAGACUGUUUGCUUCACCCACAUCUAGUUAUCCUUUAAAGAAAUUGUCAUUUCAGGUUUGCACUGGUACAGAAUCCAGGAACACUGGUUAGGUUAAUUGCCUGCCAUUACAUAGCUAAAAUACUGUUGAAAAAAAAACAACAAACAAACCAACAAUAAACAAUGUUACAGGCUGGGAAUUUAGGAAAAAAGAACUAUUUAUGUUUGAAGCAAACAGUUUUAAAGAUUACUUUAAUACCAAGUAUGACUUGUGUGUUUCUAGUAAGAGAUGUGUAGAAGUAAAUGUGAUUGAAUGCACAAAUAUAGAGUGAAAUAUCAAUGGACAUAUGUUAGAGAUUGUUAGAAAAUUGACUUAAGUUGUUAAACAUUAUAAUUGUCAUAUCUCAUUCGAAUAAUAAAUUUUCAGGUACUGUUAACCUUUAGACUGCUGGUGGCAAGUGAUUCUGCCUUUGCAACCAGUGCAGACCAAGAUCAGCCUGCAUGUCCAUGCAGGCUGAUCAUGGUCUGCACUGUUUGCUAUUCAGUCAGUAAUUUUCAGAGAACACCUCUUCAAAUAAUGAAUGGUAUUGCCCAAAUUGAAUGAUGGACCAGUCCAUUUUAGAAAUUUAGCAGGGUAAAGGUUAAAGAUAGCACUCCAUACAUAAUUACUGGUGGUUAUGUUUGACCUCUGUUACCUGUAAUUUCUGACAGCUGAAACAUUGUUGUCUUUCUUUUACCACUUUCAUAAUAGGUCUAUUUUUCUGUGAAAAUCUUAUUUAAGACCGGACGAAAAUCAUUCAUGUGCAAAAAAUCAUUUUUAUCCAGUUCAUUUCAUGGGGGGAAAAGGUCAGUUUCUUUUUACUUAGAAAGUGGGUUAUCUUGUCCAACCAUCAGUUACCAUUUAUAAUACUGAAAACAACUUUAAACAAAACUUAAUGUAUUAACAGCAGUCAUAAUAACAGCAGAAUGAUGGGAGCAUCAGCUGCUAAAAUUAUAAUUUCAUGGACUGAUGCAAGCAUGAAGUCCACAAAAAUAAGUCGAGAAAGUCCCCACGAAUGUGAAUGAUUACACAAUUGGUGGAAAAGGAUUUAAAAUAUAGAAAAAUGAAGUAAAGCCUGUAUCCAUGGUAAUUCCAGAUAUAGGUCUAUUUUUCUGUGAAAAUGUUACGUAAGACCGGACGAAAAUCAUUCAUGUGCAAAAAAUCAUUUUUAUCCAAUUCAUUUCAUGGGGGAAAAAGGUCAGUUUCUUUUUACUUAGAAAGUGGGUUAUCUUGUCCAACCAUCAGUUACCAUUUAUAAUAUUGAAAACAACUUUAAACAAAACUUAAUGUAUUAACAGCAGUCAUAAUAACAGCAGAAUGAUGGGAGCAUCAGCUGCUAAAAUUAUGAUUUCAUGGACUGAUUCAAGCAUGAAGUCCACAAAAAUAAGUCGAGAAAGUCCCCACGAAUGUGAAUGAUUACACAAUUGAUGGAAAAGGAUUUAAAAUAUAGAAAAAUGAAGUAAAGCCUGUAUCCAUGGUAAUUCCAGAUAUACAGUUUCAGUUUCAUUUGAAACCCCUAUCGGUACAAUGCUACUUGUAUAAUGUUUUACCAUGUUUUUCUUCAAGGAAAACUCUUAGAAAAAUUGUACCAUCUAUAAGUACAUACUAUUGAAAUUAGAACUUCUUUGUAUGAGUCAUAUAGAUUUAACUUCCCCUUUAUAUUUGUGGUAUAUAAUACCUUGACUUCAGUUUUUCCCCUCUAUUAACCAGAAUGUAGUUUCAUUGAUGAAUAGAAAUGAAUAAUUUCAUGAGUAUUCCACAUACUUUUCCAUAUGAAAUUAUUGUUGUGUCCUAAGAAAAAAAAGUGACCAGAGUGUAACCUAAGUAUGAUCGAAUAACCACUUUUUUCCCCUUAAAUUGAGAAGAAUGGGUCAACACAUAGUCUCAGGUUCAAUAGAAGUUUGCCAUAUUUUGUGCUCGGAGAACAUGUUUCCUUUUGGAGAUUUGAAUACCUCAGAAAAUCUGUAGCCAUCUCACUUUAAAGCUAUAAAUGUUCCUUACUGGGUUUUGGUGAGAAUUGUUAAUAUCUUCCAGUUGUACAGAAUUUGUCAUAAAUCAUGUACAUUAAAAAGUAUCAAAAAAAUGUGUGAAAACCUACAUUAGAUAUUUAAAUAUUUAUAGAAUCGUGUGUUAAAGUAUUGAUUUUGUUCACAAGCUUAAAAGCAUCUUUUUUUUCCCCUUAGAAAGUUAGUUAACCUAGGUGAUUUUUAAAAGUUGAAAUUUUUUAUCAGGAAGUUGAUAUUAAAAGCAAGUACAAGUUUUAACACAUGUUAAGAGGACUGCACUUUAACCCAUAGUUGCAGUAGUGAUGUGGAAUGCACAGAAGUUCAUGAUAACAGGAACACUUCACAUCUAAAUACUACUUCUGGGCACUUUGCAGUUUCUGGUUUCCUUAUACAAUUUAUGAUUACCAAAUGCUUGAUCUGGAACCUGUAAAUCAUAGAUAAAGAUAAUUUAACAAGUAAUGAUAAGUUUUAUGCAUGUAGCCACUGAUGUCAUUAUUUUGAUUACAAAGAAAGUGUUGAAUAAUUCAGUUAAUAAUUAAUAUAAAAUGGAAUUUCAUGUUUUCAUUUUCUUUGAAAUUCUAUUUUUAUAUCCUUUGAUUAUGAUUUUGAAAAAGAUAAUAGUGUGAUAGAUGACCUCAUAUCAGCUGAUACAGGCCCAGAUUAAGGUCAGAAUAAUUUUGUACUGUGCACACAUAUUUACCAUUUUAGUCAUGCACAUUAAAUUUCCACUGUAAAUAAUAGGAAUUUAUUGUACAUAUAUUAUAAUCAUACAAUAAAUUAUAACAUUUGAGAUGUAUGCUUCGAAAGAUUUGAAGGUAUAAAUAAUGUCAUAAUUUAGUUACAACAUUAUAAAUAUGCAUGUUUUAUCAUUCUCUAUGAAAAAGUUAUGUAAUGGAAAUUAUUAAAAAAAGAUGCCAUUUA